GAGGCGGAAGUCGCUUGCAGCCGCCGCCGACGGGCUGUAGCUGCAGCUGCGGGGACGGUCGGCAGAGCGAGUUGGUCGUAAGUCUUGCAGGAGGAAGGAGGGCUCGGGGGUCCCUGGCGGCGGGGCUUCUCCUUGUUCGAGGGCUGUGGACGAGGGGGAAUAAUGUUACCAUGUCUGUACAUGCCUUGCUGUGUGAGCGGAUUGCUAUUGCAGAGGAGCUCAUCAAGAGGGCAGAAGCCCUUUCUAGAUUCCGGAAAGGUGGCGUAGAAGGCGGAUCAAAACUCUGCAGCAAGCUAAAGGCCGAGUUAAAGUUCUUGCGCAAGGUGGAGGCUGGCAAGGUAGCCAUCAAAGAGUCUCACCUGCAAAGUACCAAUCUCACUCACCUGCAGGCCAUCAUUGAGUCAGCUGAAAACUUGGAGGAGGUUGUCAGUGUUGUCCAUGUCUUCACUUAUGAGGACCAAUUCGGGGAGAAACAAAGCUUGGUGGUGGACGUCGUCGCAAAUGGUGGCCACACCUGGGUGAAGGCCAUAGGCCGAAAGGCUGAAGCCCUGCACAACAUUUGGCUGGGCAGGGGCCAGUAUGGUGACAAAAGCAUCACUGAGCAGGCAGAGGAUUUCCUGCGAGCAAGUGGCCAGCAACCCGUGCAGUACAGUAAGCCGCACAUCGUCUUCGCUUUCUACAACGGUGUGUCCUGCCCAAUGGCACAGAGGCUGCAAAAGAUGGGCAUAUCGGUACGGGGAGACAUUGUGGCUGUGAAUGCAUUGAUGGAGUGUGCUAGUGAAGACCUCCCCUUGAGCUCUGGCGAAUCUGAUGAAGGAGGGGAGGGCCUUCAGGUGACCAAAGUAGAUCGGGGCAACUUAAUAGCUAGUGUUGCUUUUCCUACGGAGAUCCGAGUAGACGUGUGCAAUAGGGUUAACUUGGAUAUUACUACUCUGAUCACGUACGUCUCUGCCCUGAGCUACGGAGGCUGUGACUUCAUCUUCAAGGAGAAAGUCUUGUCGGAACAGGCAGUGCAGGAGAGGGAAGAGAGUGUUCUCCCCCUCCUGGAGGAUUUCAUGAAGGGCAAGGAACUGUUUGCUUGUCAAUCUGCAGUCAAAGACUUUCAAGUCAUUUUAGAGACUUUGGGAGGGGCAGGUGAGAAAAGUCGAGCCUUGCUACUCCUGGAGAGAAUCAGUGUGGUGCCAGACCAGCCCUCUGAGCGUGCCUUAAGACUAGUGCCUAGCUCCAAAAUCAAUAGCCGUUCUCUGACCAUCUUUGGCACAGGCGAUGCUUUAAAGGCCAUCACCAUGACUGCAAACAGUGGCUUUGUGAGGGCAGCAGCUAACCAGGGCGUUCGGUUUAGUGUGUUUGUUCAUCAGCCGAGGGCGCUGACAGAAAGCAAAGAAUCUUCUGCCACACCUUUACCAAAGCAUUCAGUUGGGUCCUAAUGGUUCGGGACUAGUCUGCAGCCAUUAAAAUAAGAGAACCAGUGGGUAGAUCUUACCCAGUAUUUGUGUGUUUAUAAUGCCUGCAGUUUCAAAAGCAAAGCUUUUAAAAUAAAUAAAUGCAAAGACAAUCUACCCAGUUGUGGCGCAACUUAUUGUAUCUGCUGGCAUCUUUUUGCUGUGCAGUUCCUUGCUUCCAGUGCAUAUUGUAUGAAAGGUUGGAGACAUGUGCAAAUGGACACCAGGCUACUGCUUUGGAUGCAGCCCUGCUGUGUUCCUUGUAAAGUUUUCAUUCUGUCCUGGGGUGAGGCACAUUUAAGUCCCAUACAUUUAUCCUAUUGAUAAAUGUAAUGCUUCCAUGUGGGACUUCAAAGUGCACGCAUUUGGCUGGAUUGUGUUCCAACUUUCUGCCCAUGGCAUAAGGUCCUAUGAUUUCCAGGAUCUGUCUUCAGAUGAAAACUGUAUGGAAUGAAGAUCAGUACAUGAAUAUGCCAUGAGUAUGAUCCCACCAAACUUAAACACACUUAAACCCAUUUAUUUAAAUGUGAGUGCCUUGGGCACCUGCUAACAUCUCUUACAGAAAGUGACAGGUCUUUUUUUAAAAAAAACCUGUAGAUUGUAAAUGGUAUUUUUGCAGAAUCCUCCUGGUUUUCUCUUUGAUGGUUCCACAGUAAUUUAUUUUAUUGGGCGUAAUUAAGUUGUUAACAGAGUGCAGCGUAUCAUCGUCAUGUUACCAUUCAAACAGAACCAGUCUAUGGAGUCUUAGUGCUCAAAGGCUGACUUUUUAUGACUUUUCAUAUUUAACUGCUGAAAUCCUUUAAAUGGCUUGGCAUUGUGGGAGUGGGAAAACUUUAUAUUAGGGAUCAGAAUAGUGCAAUAUGAAUAAUAUGACAGCAACUGACAAAAUACAGAUGCACAAUAAUUUAGAAGUGAACAGUUCUACUAUUGAGCUCUCCCUUGUUAGUUUUACCAGCGGUGUUAGAGAAGUCGAAAUCUAUGCUCUUAAAAUAAUAAUAAUAAUAAUUAGAUGUUCUUCCCUGUUCCUAGUGCUCUAGGUCAGAUAUUUAGUUUCACAUUAUGAAAAGGAACAAGCAGGAACCUUUUCCCUAAACGGUGUCUUGGUACCUGCUCUCUCCACCCCCGCCCCCUUCUGCUCUACAUAUGCAUGAAUUAAAUAAAUAUGCCAAAAGUUUGUGUUAAAAGUUGAGUUGCAUUCUGUCUCCUGUGUGCCAUUCAGACGCAGAAAUGAGUUUAUUCUUACUCAGCAUGGUCAUCAAGUCAGUGUCUACUGUGGGUUCUUAAACAUCCUGAAUACAGUGUGUGCUGUUUCUUUGACACGGAUUGUGUAAGAAUAAAAUGGUAUUUAUGAAGCUCCCUUCCCUCCCUAAGGUCUCAGUGCUCUGGAAAUGUUGCAAUACUUUGCCUUUGUUUGUCAGGUGGAGUACAGGAAAAACAUGGAAGAGCAUGAAGACUGGAUGCAAAAGGGGAUGGAAAACAAUAAACGGGUGUGCAAGAUCCCCUUCUGUAUACAUACCUUGGAGUAAGCUCCGUUGAAGACACAAACAUGCAUAGGAUAGCACAGUUGGAAAAUUUCUGUAGAUUUUGCCCACAUGUUAGCACGCUGCUUUUGAUACCCAUCAGGUCUAGAAUAUUAAUGUGCAUGUUUCUGGGGGUCAGGAAUCAUUUUUAGUACAUCAAAUUGUGCAUUCGCAUCAAUGCCAUACAAAACUUCCUCUGGCACAGUAAUCAUUUGUUUGAGUGUACUAGUUUUGAAGACCGGGUGGAGGAUGGUAACUAACAGUAUUUAAUUUUCACAAAUGGGAGAGAGGAAAACUUUAAAAGGUACACUCUCUUUCACGUAGGCUUCUUAUUCCUACUAAAGAACCCAUAAUUUUAAGCAGCUUAAAUUGGUUAAGAUUGUCAGGCACACAGUGAAUCAAGAUGGGUUUAGAACGUGGAAGAAAAUCCCAGGUCUUCCUGAGAGUCUUCAGCAGAACCUGUGCUCUCCUAGAAAAGGCCUAAUUCUCACUCCUCUUUUCUUGUCACUGAAAAGUGCUAUCUGAUUUAUUCCAAGUACUUGUCACCACACAAAGGACAUGCAAAUGUUCUCUUCAGUGCAACCAGUUUUUGACACUUCUUUUGUGCAACUGUUAUCCACUCAAGUCGAGGGCUCUUAAACUCAGCCACUCCAUGUUUCUUCCAUAGAAACUUGACUUCCCAUUCACUUUGAGAAAAGGGUAAAGAAGCCCUCUUUCUUCUAGUUUUACUGCACAAUCAUAAAUGGCAUGUUCUCAAAGGGGAGCCAGUCUGGAGGCUCUUUGAUCACUACUAGGCCUCAUGGCUGUACUUCUAGUCUAUAAUACUGGUACCGUACCAUGAACACGUCAAGCCUAGACAUUUUGCAAAGCAGUUCAUGCAAGCAUAUCUGGGGACAUGGGUCUAAAGGUGUGAAUAAUUUUUGCCCCUUUCUCCUGAAAGGACUUUCCUCCCGGAGGCGAAUGAUUGCACGCGGGGCCCGCCUCCCGUGUCUGCAGGGGGAUGUGGUCAGCCCCCUGCACCAGCCCCUCCCCGCCGCCGCAUCAUACCCCUCUGCCAGCCAAUAGGGCUCACGGGGGGCGGCGGAGUCCAGCUCCGUUUAAAAUACUGCGGCGGGGGAUUUUUCUCUCUUUGCUUCCUGCUCUUUGGGCUCAAGUGGCUGUUAGGCAUUGGAUUAUUCCAGGCAUCCCCAAACUGUGGCCCUCCAGAUGUUUUGGACUACAAUUCCCAUCUUCCCUGACCACUGGUCCUGUUAGCUAGGGAUCAUGGGAGUUGUAGGCCAAAACAUCUGGAGGGCCGCAGUUUGGGGGUGCCUGGAUUAUUCAAUAUGUGAUGUAGCUGUGUUGUGUGUCGGAGGUCAGGUUAAGGCCAUCACCUACCUUCUAGGGGUAUCCCGUUAAGGGGAUCCGACGGUUGUGGAUCCCAUCUGAUGCCCUACUUUGGUUAGGGCCAUGGCACGACCCCCGGUGACGUCAGGGGAAGCUUCCAGUUGUAUUUGCAUCAACAAGCUCCUCCCACUGUUUGUUAACCUUUACGUGUCUCCACACCAGUAGGGUGGAGUCACGUGUUGCAUUCCCAUCCAAUGCCUAAGCCAAUACCACUCACAUGCUAUAACCAAUAAAGUUGUGGCCUUUAUCUACCCAUUAACCUAAAAUCACGUCUCCUUGUGUCUUAUUUACUCCACGCGGGUGGCGGGUCAUCAAUGUGCAACUUGGCGACUUGUUAGGCAGAACAAGUUCUCUCUCACACAUGCAACACUGACGUUUGGGUGCGCUCUAGUUUCCUCAUACAAAAAUAAAUAGCCAACUUCUAGUAUUUUACAUGCAGCUGAAAGUUUAAGGCAGGGAAGUUGUGGUGUGGUGUCAUUGCCAAAUCUGCUUUCUUGAGAACGGGAAGAAUACACUGUGUUACAUUGUUGGGUUGUGGGGAGACGCUCACUUGCUAACCCUUGGUCUGGAGGGGGUGUGCCGAUCUGCACACACAAACACCCAAGUUAUUCUGCUCCUGUCCUGAUGGGGAUGCAUAUCACCCCACCCUUGGUCAUCAAUAAUCAUUUGAUGACCAGGGAGGGGGUGAUAACCUCACCUCAGCUGAGAAGGGGGCUGUGCCCUGUGUAGGGAGGUUUGGCCAAGCUGAAGUGUACUUAACCCAAGGCAUGACUGUACAAUAAACAGUCCUACCUAGCUCUGUUAGUAGUGUGUUGUGUGUGAGAGAGGGGAAACACAUCAGUGAGGGAAAACUACACACAUUUGUGCAUGUGCAGGUAGCCCAAUGUGAAUUGUUUGAGGGGUGUAUUAUUGACUCCCCUGCCAAGAAAAUGAUCAAUCUAAUGACAAGGGGGAAGCAAUUUGCAUCCCUAGUAAGGAGCUUGGAUCUACCCACCCCAACGCUGAGUCUACUUUAAUUGCCUAAUCCUUUUCUGCCAAAAUUGGUUGGGGGGUCAGGGAGAAAAGGACUGGAGAGGAUCAGACCCUUGAUGUUGCAAGUAUUUCUAUGUCAA